GCUUGGAAUUCUUUGGGAAUUUUCCAGCCCUGGGAAGGGGAUUUUUUUGGGAUUUAUCCCUCUGGAUCCCUAAAAAUUCCCAUUCCCAGCUUUUCCAGCCCCUUUUUUUCCCAGAUCCUGGAUCAGGGUCUGGGAUUUGCUUGGAAUUCUUUGGGAUUGGCUUGGAAUUCUUUGGGAUGGGCUUGGAAUUCUUUGGGAUGGGCUUGGAAUUCUUUGGGAAUUUGCUUGGAAUUCUUUGGGAUUUGCUUGGAAUUCUUUGGGAUUGGCUUGGAAUUCUUUGGGAUGGGCUUGGAAUUCUUUGGGAUUUGCUUGGAAUUCUUUGGGAUGGGCUUGGAAUUCUUUGGGAUUUGCUUGGAAUUCUUUGGGAUUUGUUUGGAAUUCUGUGGGAUUUGUUUGGAAUUCUUUGGGAUUGGCUUGGAAUUCUGUGGGAUUUGUUUGGAAUUCUUUGGGAUUUGCUUGGAAUUCUUUGGGAUGGGCUUGGAAUUCUUUGGGAUUUGCUUGGAAUUCUUUGGGAAUUUGUUUCGGAUUCUUUGGGAUUUGCUUGGAAUUCUUUGGGAUGGGCUUGGAAUUCUUUGGGGAAUUUUCCAGCCCUGGGAAGGGAUUUUUUGGGAUUUAUCCCAUUGGAAACCCGGCCCUGGAUCCCUAAAAAUUCCCAUUCCCAGUUUUUCCAGCCCCUUUUUAUCCCAGAUCCUGGAUUGGGGUCUGGGAUGGGCUUGGAAUUCUUUGGGAUGGGCUUGGAAUUCUUUGGGAUGGGCUUGGAAUUCUUUGGGAUUUGUUUGGAAUUUUUUGGGAUUUACUUAGAAUUCUUUGGGAUGGGCUUGGAAUUCUUUGGGAUUGGCUUGGAAUUCUUUGGGAUGGGCUUGGAAUUCUUUGGGAUUGGCUUGGAAUUCUUUGGGAUUUGUUGGCUUGGAAUUCUUUGGGAUUGGCUUGGAAUUCUUUGGGAAUUUGUUUGGAAUUCUUUGGGAUUUGCUUGGAAUUCUUUGGGAUUGGCUUGGAAUUCUUUGGGAUGGGCUUGGAAUUCUUUGGGAUUUCCCAUCCCUAGAAGGGAUUUUUUUAGGGGGUUCAUCCCAUGGGAAUUCCCGCUCCGGAUCCCUAAAAAUUCCCUAAAAAAAUUCCUUAAAAAUUCCUGCUUUUCCAGAGCCUGAACCAGAGUCUGGGCUGAUGAUGGGGGGUGGGAUAUCCUUGGAAUUCUUUGGGAAUUUUCCAUCCCCGAGAGGGAAUUUUAGGGGUUCGUUUUUUUGGAAUUCCGGUUCCAGAUCCCUAAAAAAAUUCCCUAAAUUCCUGUUUUUCCAGACGCUGCUGCAGAGCCCCGAGGAGGGUCUGGGAUGAUGGUGGGGGGUGGGAUAUGCUUGGAAUUCUUCAGGAUAUCCUUGGAAUUCUUUGGGAUUUCCCAUCCCUAGAAGGGAUUUUUUUGGGGGGUUCAUCCCAUUGGAAUUCCAACUCUGAAUCCCUACAAUUCCCAUUCCCAUUCCUGCUUUUCCAGACCCUUUUCCAGAGCCUGGGAUGAUGAUUGGGGGUGGGAUAUACUUGGAAUUCUUUGAGAUAUGCUUGGAAUUCUUUGGGAUUUCCCAUCCAUAGAAGGGAUUUUUUUAGGGGUUCAUCCCAUUAAAAUUCUUGUUCCAGAUCCCUAAAAAUUCCCUAAAAUUCCCAUUCCUACUUUCCCAGACCCUUUUCCAGACCCUUUACCAGAGUCUGGGCUGAUGAUGGGACCGGGAUAUCCUUGGCAUUCUUCAAGAUAUACUUGGAAUUCUUUGGGAUUUUCCAUUCACAGGAGGGAAUUUUCGGGUUUGGAUCCCACCCUGAUCCCUAAAAAUUCCCAUUCCUGCUUUUCCAGAGCCUUUUCCAGAGCCUUUUCCAGAGUCUGGGCUGAUGAUGGGGUCGGGAUAUCCUUGGACUUCUUUGAGAUAUCCUUGGACUUCUUCGAGAUAUGCUUGGAAUUCUUUGGGAAUUUUAGGGGUUCGUUUUUUUGGAAUUCCCACUCCGGAUCCCUAAAAUUCCCAUUCCCAUUCCCACUUUUCCAGACGCUGCUGCAGAGCCCCGAGGAGGCUCUGGGAUGGUGGUGGGGAUGGGCAGGAUCUGCUUGGAAUUCUUUGGGAAUUUUCCAUCCCUAGAAGGGAUUUUUUUGGGGCUUCAUCCCAUUAAAAUUCUCGUUCCAGAUCCCUAAAAAUUCCCUAAAAUUCCCAUUCCCAUUUUUCCAGACCCUUUUCCAGAGCCUUUUCCAGAGCCUGAACCAGAGCCUGGGCUGAUGAUGGUGGGGCAGGACAUGCUUGGAACCUUCAGAUGGGUGGGAAUUUCCAUUCCAAGGAGGAUAUUUUUUUGAGUGGGGGUUCAUCCCAUGGGAAUUCCAACUCUGAAUCCCUAAAAAUUCCCAUUCCCACUUUUCCAGAGCCUUUUCCAGACCCUUUUCCAGAGCCUGGGCUGAUGAUGGGGGGUGGGAUAUCCUUGGAAUUCUUCAGGAUAUCCUUGGAAUUCUUCAGGAUGGGCUUGGAGUUCUUUGGGAUUUUCCAUUCCCGGGAGGGAAUUUUCGGAUUUGGAUCCCACCCUGAUCCCUAAAAAUUCCCAUUCCCGCUUUUCCAGACCCUUUUCCAGACCCUUUUCCAGACCCUUUUCCAGAGCCUGGGGUGAUGAUGGGGUCGGGAUAUCCUUGGAAUUCUUCAGGACGUGCUUCGAAUUCUUUGGGAUUUUCCAUUCCCGGGAGGGAAUUUUCGGGUUUGGAUCCCACCCUGAUCCCUAAAAAUUCCCUAAAAUUCCCUAAAUUCCCUUUUUCCAGACGCUGCUGCAGAGCCCCGAGGAGGGCUGGCAGGUGCUGCGCUCGGCGCAGGCUCCGGACGGGCGGUGCCUCUGCACGGCCCUGGUGCCCGUGCAGGGAUCCUGCGCUCGAGACCCACCCGGGAUCCGCAUCCGGAACCUCCUGGAAAAGGUUCAGAACAUGUCCCAGUCCCUGGAGCAGCUGGAAUUACGGACCCUGAGGGACCUGCAGGAUGGGAUGGGAUGGGCUGGAAUCAAUGGAAUGGGCUGGAAUCAAUGGAAUACCCUGGAUCCCAAACCCCAAUUUCCAAUCCCCUCAUCCCAAAUUUCCCCUGGCAGGUUCAGAACAUGUCCCAGUCCCUGGAGCAGCUGGAAUUACGGACCCUGAGGGACCUGCAGUACGUUCGCAGCACCGAGGGCCUCGUGAGGGGUCUCGACCUUCGGCUCCGCGGGGCCUCCCAGGGACCCCCCGGCCUCAGCGCCAGAGGAUUCCAGGACCUGAAGCAGCAGAUGUCUGACCUGCUCCCACUGCUCCCAGUCCUGGACCAGUUCCGCUCGGAUUCGCGGCUGAUCGCGGCGCUGAGGGCGGAGGUGGCCAACGUGUCCCUGGGCCUGGUGGCCCUGCAGGAGGAGUUGGGGGCCUUCGACUACGAGGAGCUCCAGCAGCGGCUCCUGCUGCUCCAGGCCCGGCUCCACGCCUGCCUCCAGAGGCUGGGCUGUGGGAAGCUGACCGGGGUCAGCAACCCCAUCACCGUCCGCGCCUCCGGCUCGCGCUUCGGCUCCUGGAUGAGCGACACCGUCACCCCCAGCGCCGACAGCCGGGUGUGGUACAUGGACGGCUACCUCCGCGGCCGCCGCGUGCUGGAGUUCCGCACCCUCGACGACUUCGUGGCGGGGCAGAACUUCAUCCAGCACCUCCUGCCCCACCCCUGGGCGGGCACGGGGCACGUGGUGUUCAACGGCUCCCUCUUCUACAACAAAUACCAGAGCAACGUGGCCGUCAAAUACCACUUUGGCUCCAGGAGCGUCCUCGUCCAGCGCAGCCUCCCCAGCGCCGGCUACAACAACACCUUCCCCUACUCCUGGGGCGGCUUCUCCGACAUCGACUUCAUGGCCGACGAGAGCGGCCUCUGGGCCGUCUACACCACCCAGCAGAACGCGGGCAACAUCGUGCUCAGCAGGCUGGACCCGCACAGCCUCGAGGUGCUGCGCACCUGGGACACCGGGUACCCCAAGCGCAGCGCCGGCGAGUCCUUCCUCAUCUGCGGCACCCUCUACGUCACCAACUCCCACCUGGCGGGGGCCAAGGUCUACUUCGCCUACGACACCGGCAGCUCCAGCUACGAGUACACCGACAUCCCCUUCCACAACCAGUACUCCCACAUCUCCAUGCUGGACUACAACCCCCGCCAGAGGGUCCUCUACACCUGGAACAACGGCCACCAGGUCGUCUACAACGUCACGCUCUUCCACGUCGUCAACACCAGCGGGGACAUCUGAGCACUGGGGGGUGGAGAAGGGUGGGUUUGGCUCCAGGGAGCUGCUGAUUCCCCCCUGGAUCCAGCUCUGAUUCCACUCUGGACCCUCCACUCUGGAUCCACCUCCAGGAGCUUCUGAUCCCACCCCAGAUCCAGCUCUGAUUCCAGGCUGGGUUUGGCUCCAGGAGCUUCUGAUUCCCCCCUGGAUCCAGCUCUGAUUCCACUCUGGAUCCUCCACUCUGGAUCCACCUCCAGGAGCUUCUGAUUCCACCCCAGAUCCAGCUCUGAUUCCAUCCUGGAUCCAGCUCUGAUUCCACCCUGGAUCCAACUCUGAUUCCACUCUGGAUCCUCCACUCUGGAUCCACCUCCAGGAGCUUCUGAUUCCAUCCUGGAUCCAGCUCUGAUUCCGCUCUGGAUCCUCCACUCUGGAUCCACCUCCAGGAGCUUCUGAUUCCCCCCUGGAUCCACCUCCAGGAGCUUCUGAUUCCCCCCUGGAUCCAGCUCUGAUUCCACCCUGGAUGCAUCUCCAGGAGCUUCUGAUUCCAUCCCUGGAUCCAGCUCUGAUUCCACUCUGGAUGCAUCUCCAGGAGCUUCUGAUUCCACCCCAGAUCCAGCUCUGAUUCCACCCCAGAUCCAGCUCUGAUUCCAGGCUGGGUUUGGCUCCAGGAAGUUCUGAUCCCACCCCAGCUCCAGCUCUGAUCCCCCCCUGGAUCCAUCAGUGGCUCCUCCAGCUACGAGUACACCGACAUCCCCUUCCACAACCAGUACUCCCACAUCUCCAUGCUGGACUACAACCCCCGCCAGAGGGUCCUCUACACCUGGAACAACGGCCACCAGGUCGUCUACAACGUCACGCUCUUCCACGUCGUCAACACCAGCGGGGACAUCUGAGGGUUGAGGGGUUGGACGAGGCUGGGUUUGGCUCCAGGGAGCUGCUGAUUCCAGCCCUGAUCCAGCUCUGAUCCCAUCCUGGAUCCAGUUCUGAUUCCACUCUGGAUCCACCUCCAGGAGCUUCUGAUUCCAGCCCUGAUCCAGCUCUGAUUCCACCUGGAUGCAUCUGCAGGAGCUUCUGAUUCCACCCCAGAUCCAGCUCUGAUUCCACCCUGGAUCCAGCUCUGAUUCCACCCUGGAUGCAUCUCCAGGAGCUUCUGAUUCCACCCCAGAUCCAGCUCUGAUUCCACUCGGGAUCCACCUCCAGGAGCUUCUGAUUCCACCCCAGAUCCAGCUCUGAUUCCACCCUGGAUCCAGCUCUGAUUCCAGGCUGGGUUUGGCUCCAGGAGCUUCUGAUUCCCUCCUGGAUCCAGCUCUGAUUCCACCCCAGAUCCAGCUCUGAUUCCAGGCUGGGUUUGGCUCCAGGAAGUUCUGAUCCCACCCCAGAUCCAGCUCUGAUCCCCCCCUGGAUCCACCAGUGGCUCCUCCAGCUCCGAGCACACCGACAUCCCCUUCCACAACCAGUACUCCCACAUCUCCAUGCUGGACUACAACCCCCGCCAGAGGGUCCUCUACACCUGGAACAACGGCCACCAGGUCGUCUACAACGUCACGCUCUUCCACGUCGUCAACACCAGCGGGGACAUCUGAGCACUGGGGGUGGAUUUGGGGGUUCCACGCUGGGUUUGGCUCCAGGAGCUGCUGAUUCCAGCCCUGGAUCCAGCUCUGAUUCCACUCUGGAUGCAUCUCCAGGAGCUUCUGAUUCCACCCCAGAUCCAGCUCUGAUUCCACUCUGGAUCCUCCACUCUGGAUCCACCUCCAGGAGCUUCUGAUUCCACCCUGGAUCCACCUCCAGGAGCUUCUGAUUCUACCCCAGAUCCAGCUCUGAUUCCAGGCUGGGUUUGGCUCCAGGGAGCUGGAAUUCCCUCCUGGAUCUACCUCUGAUUCCAGGCUGGGUUUGGCUCCAGGAGCUUCUGAUUCCACUCUGGAUCCUCCACUCUGGAUCCACCUCCAGGAGCUUCUGAUUUCAUCCUGAGUCUGGCUCUGAUCCCAUCCUGGAUCCAGCUCUGAUUCCACCCUGGAUGCAUCUCCAGGAGCUUCUGAUUCCACCCUGGAUCCAGCUCUGAUUCCACUCUGGAUCCUCCACUCUGGAUCCACCUCCAGGAGCUUCUGAUUCCCCCCUGGAUCCACCUCCAGGAGCUUCUGAUUCCACCUCAGAUCCAGCUCUGAUUCCAGGCUGGGUUUGGCUCCAGGAAGUUCUGAUUCCCCCCUGGAUCCAGCUCUGAUUCCACUCUGGAUGCAUCUCCAGGAGCUUCUGAUUCCACCCCAGAUCCAGCUCUGAUUCCACUCUGGAUCCAGCUCUGAUUCCACCCCAGAUCCA